AAAUCAAACGGCUUUCGAGUUGCCUGCACAACUUCUGAGUAGAAACUAGAAAGUAGAACACACACUCCCCCACCCUGGUGGCUUGAUUUUGAGAGAGCGAGAGAGUCGUUGCAACCGGUGGUGGAGAAGAGAGAGAAAGUCAUCCAUUAGGGUUUCAAAAGACUCAGUUAGACUCACAGAUCGGACCAGCAUUGUUAUAGUGAGGUGCCAAGAUGGUUGCACGGAAAUUUACUGUGGAUUUAAAUAAGCCUCUUGUCUCCCAGGUUGGCCAUCUAGGAGAAGCUUAUCAGGAGUGGGUUCACCAACCCAUUGUUAGCAAGGAAGGCCCUCGAUUUUUUGAAAGUGAAUUUUGGGAGUUUUUGACCCGCACAGUAUGGUGGGUAAUUCCACUAAUAUGGCUGCCAGUUGUAUGUUGGUGUAUCUCCUUGUCUAUACGGAUGGGCCAUACAUUUCCUCAGACAGCAUUCAUAGUGAUCUUUGGCAUUUUUGUAUGGACAAUUAUGGAAUACAUUCUGCACCGCUUUCUUUUCCACAUCAAAACAAAGUCCUAUUGGGGGAACACCAUACAUUAUCUUCUUCAUGGUUGCCAUCAUAAGCACCCCAUGGAUGGACUGCGUCUUGUCUUCCCUCCUGCUGCAGCAGCUGUUCUGUGUGUGCCGUUUUGGAACUUGAUCAAGCUGUUAUCUACUCCUUCUAUUGCUCCUGCUUUGUUUGGUGGUUUUUUGCUGGGUUAUGUGAUGUAUGAUGUCACCCAUUACUACUUGCACCAUGGACAGCCAACCAGUGAAGUUCCUCGAAAUCUUAAGAAGUAUCACUUAAAUCAUCAUUUCCGCAUCCAGAGUAAGGGAUUCGGUAUCACUUCCUCACUAUGGGACAAGGUGUUCGGAACACUUCCUGCACCAAAAGCAGCUGAGAAAAGUGGAUAAUUUAAACAGUGAAUCUAUUUAACAUAAUUUUCCUCCCCGACUUUCUAGCCCCUGUUGGCCUGUCAAUUUUGCGGUUGCGCAAUGUUUCCAAAUUUUAGUGUCAGGAAGGUGUCAAUUCUUGUGUUGUCCUUUUGACAAUGAAGAAAUCUAUAUGGUUGACACUGCUGGACUUGGAUUCGUUUGUUCUUUAUGAAUUCUUAUGGAAUCCUUUCUACAAUGAGGAAUCUGUAUAAUUGACACUGCCACACUUGGAUUAGUUAGUUCUUUGUGAAGGAAGAAAUCUCAUUGCAAUUCCAUUAAUUUUUCAUUUCUGGGUA